UGACGAAACAUCAAAAAGCUUUACACUGGAGCUGAUUAUGAAUUUAGAUUUUCAGGCAUUUUCUGAGGAUAUACAGGAUAUUUCUAAUGCAGCUACUAUGGAGUUACAAAUUGAAAACGGAAUAAUGAAUAUUGCUGCUAUAUGGAAAAAACAAGGAUUUGAAAUGGCAUACUCUCGAGAUGGAAUUUACCGGAUCAAAAAUGUUGACGAAUGCUUCCAACUACUAGAAGAGCAUGUAGUUCAAAUAUCCGCCAUGAAGGCAACUCGUUUUGUGGAACCUUUUAUUGACAUUGUAGACUAUUGGGAAAAAACAUUAUCCUAUAUCAGCGAAACUCUAGAAAAAGCACUUUCAGUGCAACGACAAUGGCUAUAUUUAGAGAACAUAUUUCAAGGGGAUGAUAUACGAAAACAACUACCCGAAGAAGAAAAACGGUUUGUAGCUAUUACAGAUGAAUUUCGCACAAUUACUGCAAAAAUGUUUGAGGCAAAUACUGCCGUAAAAGCAACUCACCUUCGCCCACCCCCUUUUGUAUUAAACCGGUUUAACCGCAUGGAUGAACAUUUGGAGUUGAUACAACGUGCCUUGGAAAUUUAUUUAGAAGCCAAGCGUCAGCUUUUUCCUCGAUUUUACUUUAUAUCCAAUGAUGAUCUUUUGGAAAUAUUAGGGAACGCUAAACGCCCCGAUCUGGUACAAACACAUCUUAAGAAACUUUUUGACAAUUUAAACAAACUUGAACUCAGACGAGUCGGAAAAGCAUUGAGUCGCUGGCAGGCUACUGCCAUGUAUUCUGAUGACGGUGAAUGUGUAGAAUUCUUACAGGUUUUAUAUAUUGAUGGUCCUUCAGAGCGCUGGUUGAAUCAGAUUGAAGACUAUAUGAUAGCAGUAAUGAAAGAACAACUAAAAUUAGCACGAGGAUCUUUAAAGAAGCUUAUUGGCAAUCGCGAGAAAUGGAUAUCUUUAUGGCCGGGACAGAUGGUUCUAACCACGGCACAAAUACAGUUUACGACCGACUGUACCCGCAGUCUCAUUCACUGCAAAAUGGUUGACCAGAAGAAACCACUUCGAAAACUUAAAAGAAAGCAGAUAAAAGUGCUAAUGAAACUAUCUGAAAUGAGUCGCAAGGAUUUAUCAAAAAUAAUGCGUCUGAAAGUAAAUACUCUCAUCACACUCGAGAUACAUGGUCGGGAUGUUCUGGAACGCAUGUACAAAGCUAACUGCAAGGAUAUUGGCCACUUUGAGUGGUUUUCACAAUUACGAUUUUAUUGGCACCGCGAGUCUGAAUUGUGUGUAAUUAGACAGACAAAUACGGAACAAUGGUAUGGGUACGAAUACACUGGUAAUUCUGGGAGAUUAGUUAUAACACCAUUAACUGAUCGAUGCUAUAUAACAUUAACUACAGCCCUUCAUCUUCAUCGAGGUGGAAGCCCGAAGGGUCCCGCGGGUACAGGAAAAACUGAAACAGUAAAAGAUCUAGGAAAAGCCAUUGGCCUAUGGGUUAUAGUAACAAACUGUUCCGAAGGUUUAGACUAUAAGAGUAUAGGUAAAAAUUUCUCUGGCCUUGCACAGAGUGGCUGUUGGGGUUGUUUUGAUGAAUUCAAUCGAAUAAACAUUGAAGUGCUGUCAGUUGUUGCUCAACAGAUAAUGUCUAUAAUGGCAGCUCUAUCAGCAAAACUAAAAGAAUUUGUUUUUGAAGGUCAGACAAUAAAAUUAAAAAGUACCGUCGGACUAUUUAUUACCAUGAAUCCUGGUUAUGCUGGUAGAACUGAGUUGCCAGAUAACUUAAAGUCUAUGUUCCGGCCAAUUUCCAUGAUGGUACCGGAUAAUAUUAUUAUUGCAGAAAAUCUGCUCUUCUCCGACGGUUUUACAAAUACAAGAAGUCUUGCAAGAAAGGUUUAUACCCUUUAUGAAUUAGCUAAGCAGCAGCUGUCAAAACAGUAUCAUUAUGAUUUUGGUCUUCGUUCCAUGGUUGCAUUAUUACGCUAUGCUGGGCGCAAACGUCGACAGCUGCCCAAUACGAACGAAGAGGAGAUAGUCUACCUCGCCAUGAAAGAUAUGAACGUUGCUAGAUUUACAGCCGCUGAUUUACCGUUGUUUACUGGAAUAAUGUGUGAUAUAUUUCCAGGAGUUAGUCUUCCACAGAUUGACUAUAGUGAUUUUAAUGUUGCUAUAAUUGAAGAAUUCAGAGACAAUGGUCUUCAAGCUAUACAAAUUGCUGUAAAAAAGGUUAUUGAACUGUUUGAAACCAAAAAUUCUAGACAUUCAGUAAUGAUUAUAGGCGAUACUGGAACAGCGAAAUCAGUUACGUGGCGAGCAUUGCAAGGCGCAUAUUUCAGAAUGAAUGCCCAACGUUUUCAAGGCUGGGAGUCCGUCGCUGUGCAUCCUGUCAACCCUAAAGCCCUUAAUCUAGCUGAGUUGUACGGGGAGUAUAAUUUAAGUACAGGAGAGUGGCUAGAUGGCGUACUGAGUUCUAUCAUGCGAAUUAUUUGCGCGGACGAGGACCUAAUGCAGAAAUGGCUUUUAUUUGACGGACCGGUUGAUGCUGUCUGGAUUGAAAAUAUGAACUCUGUGAUGGAUGACAAUAAGCUUCUAACGCUUAUUAAUAGUGAACGAAUAACAAUGCCGCCACAGGUUUCAUUGCUAUUUGAGGUAGGUGACUUAGCGGUUGCCUCUCCUGCUACUGUAUCACGCUGUGGCAUGGUAUAUAAUGACUAUAACGACUGGGGUUGGAGGCCAUACGUCGAUGCAUGGUUACAGAAAUUAAAAAUCAAGGCAUAUUCUGAAUUUUUGCGCAUUCAUUUUGAGUCAAUCUUGCCAAAUUUGCUUGAGUAUAAACACGUCCGUUGCAAAGAACCAGUAAAGACAAACGAAUUAAAUGGAGUUAUGUCUUUGUGUAAGCUCCUUGAGGGGUUUGGUACGAAACAAAAUGGUAUUAACCCACACAACUUAGAAUCAUUGGAAGAAAUGACAAAACUUUGGUUUAUGUUUUCUUUGGUUUGGUCCAUCUGUGCAAGUGUUGACGAGGACAGUCGAUUUAAGCUCGAUACUUAUAUACGUGAAAUUGAAAGUUGUUUUCCAAUAAAAGACACUGUGUAUGAUUAUUAUGUAGAUCCCAACGAAAGAACAUUCGUACCCUGGGAGAGUAAGCUGUCGGAUACCUGGCGCUAUGAUGAGAGUUCUCCAUUUUAUAAGAUUAUUGUACCUACUGGAGACACUAUACGCUAUGAGUAUAUCGUAUCAAAACUUCUUGUUGAAGAACAUCCAGUGAUGAUAGUUGGAAAUGUUGGAACAGGAAAAUCAUCGACGGCAACCAAUGUAAUGGAAGCUUGUGAUAAGAAUAAGUUUUGCGUGCUUUACGUUAACAUUUCGGCCCAAACUACAGCAGCCGGAUUGCAGGCUACAAUUGAAAAUCGGACCGAAAAGCGCACCAAAACUCAAUUUGUACCUUUUGGUGGAAAACGAAUGAUAUGCUUUAUGGAUGACUUUAAUAUGCCUGCCAAAGACACGUAUGGGUCACAGCCCCCUCUUGAACUUAUAAGACAAUGGAUCGAUUAUAAGUACUGGUUCAACCGCAAGACUCAGCAAAAAAUAUAUGUCUUAAAUACACUACUCAUGGCAGCGAUGGGGCCGCCGGGCGGUGGACGUCAAGUUAUCUCUCCGCGAACUCAAAGUCGAUUUGUACUUUUAAAUCUUACUUUUCCAACUCAUGAAACAAUAACACGUAUAUUUGGUACAAUGCUCAAGCAAAAACUUGAAGGAUUUACUAACGAUGUUCGCGAAAUGUGGUUGUUACUUACUCAAUCAACAAUAUAUCUUUACACUGCAAUUAUUGGAAGAAUGCUACCAACUCCUAAUAAGUCACAUUAUCUCUUUAACCUUCGUGAUAUUUCAAAGGUAUUUCAAGGACUACUCAGGGGUUCUAUGGAACUACAAACGACAAGGUCACUUUUUCUUCGUCUUUGGAUUCAUGAGUGUUUUAGAGUAUUUAGUGAUAGACUUGUUGAUGACUCAGAUCAAGAGUGGUUUGUCAACACAAUAAAUGAAACCCUAGGAGAAUAUUACGAGGUCACUUUUCACAGCCUAUGCCCAUCAAAACAGUCUCCGCUCUUUGGGGAGUUUGCUCAUCCACAGGGAUUCUAUGAAGACUUAAAGUUGGACACAUUGCGCACAUACAUGAUAAACCAAUUAGAGGAGUACAAUAAUUUUCCUGGAAUGGCUCGUAUGAAUUUAGUUUUCUUUAAAGAAGCCAUUGAACAUGUAGUUCGCAUAAUUCGCGUUAUAUCUCAGCCGCGCGGUCAUAUCCUAAAUAUUGGUAUAGGAGGAUCCGGUCGUCAAGUGCUAGCAAAACUAGCUGCCUUCAUUUUAGAAAUGGGAAUCUUUCAAAUUGAAGUUUCAAAAAAAUACAAAGUCGGCGAUUUACGUGAGGACUUAAAAGCCUUAUAUAAAGUAACGGGCAUUAAGCAAAGGCUAACCAUUUUUAUUUUUAGCAGCGAACAGGUAGCUGAAUUGUCAUUCUUAGAAAUAAUAAACAAUAUGCUUAGUAGUGGAGAGAUAAACUUAUUUAAAUCUGAUGAGUUCGAUGAACUAAAAUCCGAUUUAGAGCGUCCCGCAAAAAAGGCUGGAGUUGAACUAAAUACGGAAGCGCUGUAUACAUUUUUCAUGUUGAAUAUAAGAGAUUUUAUGCACAUAGUUUUGUGUUUUAGCCCCAUUGGAGAAAACUUCAGAAACUACAUACGUCAAUAUCCAGCUCUGUUAAGUGCAACCACUCCCAACUGGUUUAGAUUGUGGCCGCAAGAAGCAUUAUUGGAAGUCGCUUGUCAUUUUUUGAAGGGUUUUCAACUUAAUAUUCCCGUUCCUGGAAAAGAUGAUAAGAAAGAUCGCGAUAGUUUGGUCGAGACGACUGAAAAUGUCCUACAUCGUGAUAUUCCGCAUGCAUUUUCAAUUAUGCAUUCUAGUGUUGCAAAAAUUUCACAGCUUAUGUUAGAAGAAGUAAAACGAUAUAACUAUGUUACGUCACCAAAUUAUUUGCAGUUGGUAAGCGGUUUUAAAGAGCUCCUUGAAAAAAAAAGGUUUGAAGUAUCAUCCGCUGCCAAUCGCUUACGUAAUGGGUUAUCCAAGAUUGCAGAUACUCAAGAAAAGGUGACAUUGAUGUCAGAGGAGCUUAAAGUAAGUUCAGAGCAGGUAAAAUUGCUGGCCAAAGAAUGCGAAGAAUUUAUUGCCAUGAUCGAAAUUCAAAAAUCCGAAGCGACAGAGCAAAAAGAGAUUGUAGACGCAGAAGCAGUAAUUAUAAAGCGUGAAGAAAUAAUAUGUUUAGACUUAGCAGCAACUGCUCGCGCUGAUUUGGAAGUUGUUUUGCCUAUGAUUGAUGCAGCAGUAAAAGCUUUAGAUGCACUAAAUAAAAAAGAUAUUGCUGAAGUAAAGUCCUAUGGUCGUCCACCUAUGAAGAUUGAAAAAGUAAUGGAAGCCGUACUGAUAUUAAUUGGAAAGGAACCAACUUGGGAGAACGCGAAAAAGGUACUUAGUGAAUCUACCUUUCUGAAUGAUUUAAAAAAUUUUGAUCGAGAUCACAUCUCGGAAAAAACACUGAAGCGAAUAGCAAUGUACACUAAAAAUCCAGAAUUGGAACCAGAUAAGGUAGCUGUAGUUUCAGUUGCAUGUAAGUCAUUAAUGCUGUGGAUUAUGGCUAUAGAGAACUACGGUAAAGUAUAUCGAAUUGUUGCACCAAAACAAGAAAAAUUAGAUAAUGCCAUGAGGUCGCUGGAAGAAAAACAAGCGGCAUUGGCUGCAGCUAAAAAAAAACUUGAAGAGCUGCAAGCGGUAAUAGAAGAACUUUAUCGACAGCUCAAUGAAAAAACCGAAUUACUUAAUGAAUUACGUGCAAAGGAAGAACGUCUACGGAAGCAACUAGAGCGUGCAAUUAUUUUAGUUGAAUCACUGUCAGGAGAGCGUGAGCGUUGGAUAGAAACUGUAGCUCAACUAGACGUCGCUUUUGAGAAAUUACCUGGAGACUGUCUUUUAUCUAUUGCAUUUGUAACUUACUUAGGUCCAUUUGACACAAAAUAUCGUGAAGAUCUCUUAAACAAAUGGAGACAACUAAUAAAAGAUUUAGUUAUUCCAGCCACGUCUGAACUGAAAUUAACAGUCUUUCUCUGCGAUGCCGUUUCUAUCCGAGAAUGGAAUAUUCAAGGACUUCCGUCUGAUGACUUAAGUACGGAAAAUGGAGUAAUUGUAACUCAGGGCAGUAGAUGGCCGCUGAUUAUUGAUCCUCAAAUGCAAGCGAAUAAUUGGAUUAUGAAGAUGGAGGAACAUAAUCAGCUAAUUAUUAUAGAUUUGGGUAUGACUGAUUAUCUUCCGCAAAUGGAACAUUCUAUUAAAGAAGGGAUUCCUGUAUUGUUGCAAAAUGUUGGAGAAACCCUAGACCAAGCUAUAUACCCAAUCCUUCGCCGAAAUUUUACAAUUCAAUCUGGGGAAAAACUAAUAAAAUUUAAUGACAAGUACAUAUCAUAUAACGAUCAAUUUCGAUUUUACAUUACUACAAAAAUUUCGAAUCCCCACUAUCCACCUGAAAUAUCAUCAAAAAUGACGAUUGUUAACUUUGCAUUAAAACAAGAUGGACUGGAAGCUCAACUAUUGGGUAUUAUUGUAAGAAAGGAAAAACCAGCGUUAGAAGAACAAAAAGAUGAUUUAGUUAUGACCAUUGCACGUAAUAAACGUACACUUAUUGAUCUUGACAAUGAGAUUUUGCGUUUAUUAAAUGAAAGUAGAGGAUCCCUUCUUGAUGAUGACAAAUUAUUUUCUACAUUGCAAAAGUCACGACAAACAUCCGUCCUGGUUAAAGAAUCCCUUAGUAUUGCUGAAGUCACAGAAAUAGAGAUAGACGCAGCCCGCCAAGAAUACAAGCCUGCUUCUGUACGCGCUGCUAUUUUAUUUUUCGUUUUAACGGAUAUGUCCAAGAUUGACCCAAUGUAUGUUUUCUCUUUGGCGGCUUAUAUUUUACUGUUUACGCAAUCCAUUGAACGUAGUCCACGAAAUCAGCUGGUACAUGAGCGUAUUCACAAUAUCGAUGAAUAUCAUACAUAUUCUGUUUAUCGAAAUACUUGCCGUGGACUUUUUGAAAGGCAUAAGCUUCUUUUUUCAAUACAUAUGACAGCAAAAAUACUUUCAAAUGCCGGAAAGCUGGUCGAAGAAGAGUAUGAUUUUAUCUUGAAGGGUGGAAUUGUUUUAGACAAGCAAGGACAGGCGCCUAAUCCAGCAAAAUGGUGGAUCAGUGAACAAAAUUGGGACAAUAUAACUGAGCUGGACAAAAUACCAGGUUUUCACGGCAUUAUAGACUCAUUUGAAACGAACUUCAAAGUAUGGAACGCCUGGUACGCUACAACGUUCCCAGAACAGGAAGAUUUGGUUGGCGAAUGGAAUGACAAACUUACUGAUUUUCAAAAAAUUUGUGUAGUACGUUCAUUACGACCGGAUCGAAUUAGCUUUUGUAUGACACAGUUUAUUAUCAGUAAGUUAGGUCCACGUUAUGUGGAACCACCAGUCCUUGAUCUAAAGGCUGCAUUUGAUGAAUCAAUUUCUCAAACACCACUGAUAUUUGUUUUGUCACCGGGUAUCGAUCCAACUCAAUCUUUAAUAGCACUUUCGGAAACUACGAAAAUGUCUCAGAGGAUGUUUUCACUUAGUUUGGGACAAGGACAAGCACCAGUAGCAACAAAGCUUAUAAUGGAUGGAAUAAGAGAUGGUAAUUGGGUAUUUCUAGCAAAUUGUCAUUUAUCCCUAAGCUGGAUGCCUACUCUCGAUAAAAUGAUAGCAACUAUGCAGUCAAUUAAGUUACACAAAAAGUUCCGCCUUUGGCUAAGUUCGAGCCCUCACCCAGACUUCCCUAUAUCUAUAUUGGAAACAAGUAUUAAAAUGACCACUGAACCUCCACGUGGAAUUAAAGCUAACAUGAAGAGGCUCUACAACAAUGUAAAUGUUGUGAAUAUGGAUAUCUGUAAGGAGCCUAAUAAAUACAAAAAACUGCUUUUCGCACUUUGCUUUUUUCAUACAAUUCUCUUGGAGCGUAAGAAAUUCCAGCAACUUGGGUGGAAUGUUAUAUAUAGUUUUAAUGAUUCCGAUUUUGAAGUGUCUGAAAUUUUAUUGCUUUUGUAUUUAAAUGAAUAUGAAGAGACACCUUUCAGUGCAUUAAAAUAUCUGAUAGCUGGAGUAAAUUAUGGAGGUCAUGUUACCGAUGAUUGGGAUCAGCGGCUGCUGUCUACCUAUAUAAAUCAAUUUUAUAAUGAUCAAGCGUUAAAAACGCGUAAGUUUCGGUAA